CUUUUUACUCUCCUUCUUUCUCAAGCUUCGCCAUUCUACACAAACCCUAAAACCAAAGUUGUUCAUCAGGUUCUUUCGUUCAAUAAUCCUUCGUCGCCGCUUUCAUUCUUCGUUGUGGCGAUCAGAGGUUUGAUAAACGUUCAAUUCCCCACAAACCCUAAAACCAAAGACGCCAUUCAUUUUCAAUCGUUUUUCGUCGAUUCAAGUUUGAUAAACAAAGUGCCGUCGUCGAAGAAGAUAAGUGCACCGGUGAGGAACUGUUUUGGAAUGAUCGGACGGGAAUGUGUGAUUAAGGCGUAUCACUUUCUUGUGGAUCUAGGUCAAAAGGAUGAAAAAUCUCAGGUCUUUGCAAUUGAAGGUGAAGAUAACUUUUCACAUGUUAUAAAGGACGACUUUCCGCUGCCCAAGGUGCUUGCUGGAGCUCUGGAAGCUCGGAAGAACGACAUUCAUGUGAAGACUUUGUUGACGAUAUGCGAGGGACGUGAAGGUACGGAGUUAUCGGAUGGAGAUGUGUUGCUUUUUCCUGAAAUGAUUAAGUACAGCUGCACGAGGCUCCCAAGGGUCCCGGAGGUCAACUUGGACCUGAUGACGCAUCCUACCGUGCAUUUCUGCAAGAGGCUGAUUAUUAUCUCACACAUGAUGUUCAUGUGUAAGAUGAUAAUCACCGAUUUUCAUUUGCAAAUUGUUGUUAGUUGUGUUUUUAAACCAUACUUGAUCCUGUUAUAAUUCGGGUGUUCAUGAUAUGAUGAUAUGUUUAGGUCUAUAAUUGGUAUGCAAUAAUCCAAAAGUUGUGCUGCUAUGUCUCAAUCAGACAAGUGGAUAUGGUUGUGCAUUAUGUGGGCAUUGGAUCUAAUAAUUCCAAAAUAAGGAUCACGAGGCAUGGUGGAGGCUGUCGAAACGCAUUUUCCAAGUGCGUUUCAUGGGUUUUGUUUACGGUACGUGAGUGAAAACUUUCGUGAUACGUUCAAAAAACUCGAAGUUGGUAAACAUUUGCGGUGUAUGCUCUUACGCCAGUCGAGUUCGAAAGCAAAAUAUCUGAAAUGUUGGAGGUUUCGCAAGAUGUUAUUCACUGGCUUCAAGAGUUUCCACCUCAGCUUUGGGCUGUCGCGUACUUCGAGGGAGUCUGUUACGGUCAUUUCACGUUAGGCGUCACCGAACUUUUAUAUAACUAGGCGUUAGAAGGUCAUGAACUUCCAGUUGUUCAAUUAAUGGAACACAUUCGUCAUCAGUUAACUACGUGGUAUGAAAACCGACAAAACAUGGGGAUGGUGUGGAACUCGAUCGUUGUCCCGUCAGCCGAAGCGAAGAUUCUAGAAGCUGUCGCUGAUGCGCGUUGUUACCAGGUGUUAUGUGCAAACGAAGUCGAGUUCGAGGUUGUUUCAACCGAAAGAACAAAUAUUGUCGACAUAAGAAGUCGAGUAUGUUCAUGUAGGCGGUGGAAAAUAUAUGGUCUUCCAUGCGCACACGCUGCAGCCGCGUUAAUGCCUAGCGGGAAAAACGCGCAUGUGUUGGCUGAUUAUUGUUUUAAAGUGGAAAGUUACCGGGAAACAUAUUCGCAAAUGAUAUAUCCGAUUCCUGACAAAAGCCUUUGGAAGGAUGUUAACGAAGGUGCAAAGGGCGAGAUGGUAAUUUGGCCACCGAAAACACGAAGGCCACCGGGUCGGCCAAAAAAGAAGGUUCUUAGAAUCGAGAGUUUGAAACGACCGAAAAGAAUUGUUCAGUGUGGUCAUUGCCAUAUGUUGGGGCACUCGCAAAAAAAAGUGUACAAUGCCGAUUUGAGUGUUACCGCUACGCUCUCUGUUUUUCUAAUCUAUAUCAGUUUGUUAUUUGUUUUCAGUUUUUUUGAUAGUUGGCAUAGAGUUGUGUAUUUUGUAUGCUUAUCAAGUUUGAAAAAUAAUCUAUUUCUUAGUUUUAUAUUUUAUUUUGUUUGUUA